UAAAAAUCACCAACCUAAAUUCUCUUUGAUAACAUCUUACGCUGUUUUAAGAAACCAAUUAGAAUGCUUCCAACGUGCCCUGAGCUGAUAUUUUUGUGAUGUGUCGUAAAUUCCCGAAAACAGAUAAGGAAUUAUAUUCUGCUGGUUUUGCUGAAAUCCUGUGACGGUUGAUUUAAAUAAAAGGUUUUAGAAGUAAUUAUGUUCGGUUUUGUAGUAUCCCCAUCAUUGUUUCACACAUUGUGUGAUUAAAAUAUAAAAAAUAGACUCUAUAUGUAACAUGCCUUGUGAUGGUUUGUUGUUUCAGUGAAGGACUUGUUUUAUUUUUAUUUAUUUUUAGAUUCAAAUAAUGAUAUUUUUAGAAGUAUGGUUUUUCAUAUUCUGCUGAAGCUUCUCAUCAGUUCAUGGCUUGCGACUGUAGUAAUGAGCGCCAGUGAAUGUUCAAAAUGUCUUGGUAUGUUUUGUGGGCGAAUAAAUACAGAAAAUAUGACUGACUGUACCUUAAACUGUAGAGCAUGUCCCAGGGGCUACCGAACAGAUGGAUAUAUUUGUCAAAAAUGCAAUCAAACUUUCGAGUUGUAUGAUUGGUUAUUUUUAGGAUUUAUGGCAUUAUGUGUUACAGUGUUGCAUUUUUACGCCAUUGAUGCAUUUCAUUCUAGUCAUCGAAGAGUCUGGUUUUUGCAUGCAUCAGCAUUGCUGGAAUGUGUUACUUCGUUUAUGUCUAUGGUGCUAUUGUUCGAACCAAUAGGUUCUUUUCAAUUAUAUAAAUGUGGUGUCAAAUCAAUAAAAGACUGGUAUACAGUUUUCUUCAACCCAAAACCAAUGUAUUUAUCCACAAUACAUUGCACACAAGAAGCUGUGUAUCCACUGUUUACCUCAGUUUUUAUUUAUUUGCUGUUUUCCUUUAUAACUAUGAUAAUAUUACGUGGUAUCCUACUUCGUAUCAUAUUUCAAAACCUUGGACGAUCACCUUUAUAUGCUGGUUUGUAUAUCAUUCCAAUCGUUGGAACUGUACACACAUGUUUUUCUGGCGUUAUCUAUUACAUUUUUCCAUACCUAGCUUUAUUUUUGUCAGCUGUUGGUGUUGCAGUAUUUCUUAGUAUGUUGGACGGAAAUUAUUAUCAAAAGGUUCGUAAACCAAGACAUGUGGGCGUAUUAGUAUGUUACUGUAUUGCACAUGCAUAUGGUAUUAUAUCCAUUACAGAAUUCGAGUUACCCAUCCGAGAUGGGACUGUGUUAUUAUUAGUUUUUUUGCCAUUUUGUUUUUAUUCAAUAACUAGACCUUUCACAGAUGCUGAUAACUUUAAGAUAUAGUUGGUAUAUAUUUAAAAAUUUAGUUAUUUUUGAAAUUCUUUUUUAUACUGUAAAUUUUUUUGGUUAUGUUUUUAAAAGUAUUUUCACAACACAGGAUACAGAAAAGUUAUUCAACUGCUAAAUCAUCUCAAAACAAACAUUGGCCCAAAAUGAUAACAAUCAAAAAUGUGUGCUAUUUUUUCUUCAGAGUGUCUUCGAAAGGUAUACAUUUAAUUAAGGAAUGUUUGUAUUACCAUGGUAAAAUUCUAUUCUAUGCCACAAGAAUUUUAUACAAUUUAGAAUAAAAAUUCAGGGUUUAUAAAACAAGGUACUUUUACUCCAUUUUCUCGUCAAAGUCAGGCUACACAAGUUAAAAGCAGUCAGGAAAACAUCCCAUAUGAUAAACCACAUUCUACCUAACUUGUUUGCCUGCCCAAAAAAUCUAUAUAAUAAUAGGAAAACUGUGUGCAAAUCUUAACCAUGCCACAUGUAUGUAUGUAAUUCUAUGACGAUACAAAUAAUGUCACCAAUAAUAUGUUCUGAAAUAAUUUUUUUAGUCUAUAUUAAUGAUUUAGAUUAUUUUAAAUACCAUUGCAUUAAAACAGUUAGUUGAAACGUUGCAAGUUCUUUAAUCAGAAAAAUUUGUGGAAAGAAA